AUGGAAGAUCGGUGUAAGGAGGCCUACGCAAGGUUAAAUAACAAUGAAGGCUUUACUUUCGAGGAAGGCUUUAUGUAUGACAACUUUAAAGAGAAGGAUUUUAUGGAGCUGACCGACUGUGACACAGUUCAUUCGAUAGAUAUUGCUGGUUUUGAGACAUAUGGGAUUCCUGGAGUGGAAACUGCGGAUCUUUACCUACUGAUUAGUCAUCUUCUGUGUGGCAACAACAAUUUGAAGGGCACUCUUCAAUUAGCUGCUGCACGAUAUGGAAUUAAGCAUUUUGAUACAUAUCUUAAAGCGCUGUUGAAAGAAUUUAAUCAGUCCAAAACUCCUUUGAUUGAGGCCCGUAUAUUCUUCGAAUUGCACGGCAUAUAUUUCAACGAUUUUAAUUUUACUGAGGAUAGUGUAUCUAUAGCGCUUGACAAUUUAUUUCACCAACUAGCAGUUACUGGAAGUACAGGCCCAUUUCAUGCGACAUUACUGAGUGGCGUUUUGGAUUGCAACCUUGCCCAACACUUCGAGAACAAUGAUUACCAUGAUCGAGACGUACGGACAACAGCAGGCUUCAAAUUGGCUUUGGAAUCCAGCCCGUCAUGUAGACGAGAACUGCAUAUCGUUUGGAUGAAGUCAGCUAACUAUCCACAUAGAUAUUGUGUUAGACCUGCGUUUCAAAUUGAUGACACAACAAUUACAAAACAAAUCCACAUUCCACAAAUACAAAAUGAAGGCAUGGAGAAGUUUCUGAUUGAAAAGAUAAAAGAACAGAAACCUUGCAAGUGGAGACGCUGCUUUGAAGUACUGGAACAACCUCAAAAAGCUAUGUUUGACGACCUUAAAGAAAUGGAAUUUAUUAAACCGGAUCGAAUCAUUAGAACGAUCAACGUCCCUGGAUAUAAGGCAUAUAAAAAGCCCAGAGAAGAAAACACAUCCGUGUACGAAUGGGUUAGCCUCAUGCUAUGCGGAGACAAAUCGCUAAUGUACAUCUUACGACUGGCAGCAGCACGAUAUGCGAUGAAGCACUUUGAAACAUACGUAGAUAAGCUGAACAAAGAAUUUAAUGGCGAUGAAAAUCCCUUUUAUGCGGCUAAAGUCUUCUUUAAAUCACAUGAAAUUGAUUUUGAAGAGAAGGAGACAAACGUUAGAGGUUUUGUGUCCGUUGCAUUUCGCAAAUUAGUGAACGAAACAGUGAAUUCGGACAAAGGGAAUGCGCCGUUUUACGUUGACUUUUUGAGUGGCGUUUUAAACCGUAAAAUCAUUCAACACUUUGAGGAUAAUACGUUUUACGGCCGAGUUGUAGAAUCAAUUCGCGGUCUUGACGUUUCAUUAACGACAGCAUUAUCCAGUGAUAGAGACCUGCACAUGUACUGGAUGAAGUCAUCGAAUUACAAGGGUCAACACACUUAUCAGAUAGUCCCUUUGUAUCGAUGUAAUCCGAAAAGAAACGGAAAGGAUUUGUGUGAAGAUGUAUACGAAUUAUUGAUGGGACAGGUGAACUUUGAGUCCGAUAGCUGUUUAAGAAUGAUACAUGCACACGGGAUAGAUGUAUUUGAGAAGCUAAAAGGACAUGCCCUUUUAAAACCUACAACGGAUGCCAAGCGGGUCAUACAUACCAUAACAAUCCCUGGAUUUAUUGCGUAUGAAAGGCCCGACGGAGAAACCACGUGUCUUUACGAACAUACUAGUCGUCUACUGUUUGGGAAUACAGAGAAGAAAUUUAUCCUGCGGUUGGCUGCAAUAAGAUACGCUCUACAAAAUUAUUCAAAAUAUGUUAAACAGCUGGCAGAUGCGUUUGUAAAUUCCAAAUCCAAGACUGAUGCCGCAACCACAUUUUUUCGAAUACAUUGUAUCGAUUUUAAAAGGACAAAGAACUUGCCAUUAAUAAAAGAUGUUGGAUUCGCGUUUGUGGAUCUUUUGCGAGAAACUGUCAACACAGGACAAGGUCCGUUUUAUGCGGAGUUUUUACGCGGUGCAUUAAAUUGCAAAAUAACGCAACACUUUGAGAACGAUCGCUUUUACGAGUGGGACGUUUGCACGGUACCAGGCCUCAAUAUUUCCUUGGUAACCAACACACCGCCUAAAAGAGAGCUUCAUAUCUACUGGAUGAAGACUAGCCGGGGUCGAUCAUACACGUAUCAACCAAUUUCCCUUGUAACACACGUGGACGCAGUGCGCUCUUGA